UUGCUCAACACUCGAAGACAAGAGAUCUAGACUAUGGAUAUGUCUCAGAGAGACGGAUGGAGAGUAGAGUUUGAUAUGGUUAUAAGGUAACCAGCACGUGCGGCCGCUCCUCUGUUGUUCAAUACGGGCCGCCAGCCGCCCCCUUUAUUGAUACGAGAGUUUUUACUGAUCUUGGCAACGAGAACAAAUAUGAUUUCGUGUGUUAUCUUCCAACCCAAUACAUACGGGCUUACAGGUACGAGGUAUGAGCCAAGCUGUGCGGGUAUGUAAAUGGAGACGAGCUGAGUACGAGCAUGGGGUACAACAGCCUCACCUCCAGGAUGGACCAAAAGGGAAAGAAAAAAAAUCUUCAAGAAAUCUCGCCGAAGAGGAAAUGUCACCAACCCCAACACUUAGUGCGCCAAUUUUUUUCCUUCUUUUCUUACGAACUUUUUUUUUUUCUUUACCCCAUCUUCUUAGAGCCCGCUCAACCGCUGCAGACCGGUUGACCUUCGGUGGGUGGCCCCAUCGGCGCGACUGUUUUACUAGCGAAAGCGCGAGGGAAAAAAAAAAUUUAGAUCAAAAUUUUCCAACAAAAAGAAGCACAGUCUUACACGGUUGGACCAAACUAGCGGGUGGCUUGAGCUAAGGAAAGAAGCACGAUGGCCAGCUACACUGUGUACUUCAGUUUUACUAUGUCUGCCCCCUUGGGUAAAAGAAACAAUAAAACACCCGACAACAGGCGAGGCCGCUAA